AAAAAAGAGAGAAAAAUCUAACAAUAGCAACGUUAUUUCCUUCCACACCAACAGUUUUUUGAGUGAAGCCUUUCCAGUGUGCAGCUGCAAGCUGAUUCAGUGAUUCUAAAUUGCUAAGUUAUUGUUUUUGGUGCAAUCAUCGUUGUCCAAAUUCCAAUUUUAUUCAGAUGGUUAACAAAAAUUUGGGAAGUUUCUGAAAGCAAUACGUGCAGUGGAUAAGGUUAAGAAUCAUUGGUAUAAUAGGAGAAUUUGAUGGUAAUCAUACAUAGUUUCUAGGUAGGAGUAUAAUGGCUACAGCUGCAGUUAUUGGACUCAGUGGAGGAAAAAGGCUCUUGAGUUCAUCUUACCAUUACUCUGAUAUCAUAGAAAAGCUUUCUUAUGGCAGUGACUUUGGAUCCACACACUAUCAGAUUGUUCCUACAAAAUCUGUGAUUAUUGCUAAGAAGUCAUCCAACUACACUCCAACUUUUCCAACAUCCAACCAGCAGAAUCAGUCUAUCAAAGCUCUUAAGGAACAUGUUGAUGCUGCUCCUGCAAUUGCAGAUCCAUGGUUUGAGAGAUACAAUUCUAAUGACUUAGAGGCAGAAAGCUCUGACAUGGGUUAUUCUGUGGAGGCUCUUCUUUUGCUGCAGAAGUCAAUGCUGGAAAAGCAGUGGAACCUUUCUUUUGAAAGGGAAGUGCUAAUCAAGCAUUCGAAAAGAGAAAAAAGCCAUAGGAAAGUGGCAGUAACUUGUUCUGGGGUGUCUGCAAGGCAAAGAAGAAUGAAUACCAAGAGGAAGGCCCCGGGUAAAACUGGCUCUGCAAUGAUGCAACCUUGUGCUGCUAUGCAGUUGAGGUCCAUCAUCAGUCCUGAACUACUUCAAAACCGUUUGAAGGGCUAUGUGAAAGGUGUAGUGAGUGAAGAAUUGCUAUCUCAUGCAGAAGUUGUAAACCUCUCAGAGAAAAUAAAAGUUGGGCUUUCCUUAGAGGAGCAUAAAUCCAGAUUGAAGGAAAGACUAGGAUGUGAACCCUCUGAUGAUCAAAUGGCGACUUCAUUGAAGAUUUCUUGUGCUGAACUACGAGCAAAAACCAUAGAGUGCUCUUUGGCAAGAGAAAAGUUGGCUAUGAGCAAUGUUCGCUUAGUUAUGUCUAUUGCUCAAAGAUUUGAUAAUUUGGGUGCUGAAAUGGCUGACCUUGUUCAGGGUGGCUUGAUUGGACUACUUCGUGGGAUUGAGAAGUUUGAUUCUUCAAAAGGGUUUAAGAUUUCAACUUAUGUUUACUGGUGGAUACGUCAGGGUGUUUCAAGAGCUUUAGUUGAGAAUUCAAGAACAUUAAGAUUGCCCUCUCAUUUGCACGAGAGAUUAUCUUUAAUCCGCAAUGCAAAGUUUAGGCUGGAAGAGAGAGGCAUUUCUCCAACUAUUGAUGGGAUAGCAAAAUACCUUAAUAUGUCUCAAAAGAAAGUCAGAAAUGCCACUGAGGCAGUCAGCAAAGUUAGAUCGCUUGAUAGGGAAGCAUUCCCCUCUCUGAAUGGUCUUCCAGGAGAAACUCAUCAUAGUUAUAUUGCAGAUAAUCGCCUUGAGAACAUCCCAUGGAAUGGAGUAGAUGAGUGGGCACUUAAGGAUGAAGUGAACAAACUCAUUAAUGUGACCCUUGUGGAACGAGAGAGAGAUAUCAUUCGUCUUUAUUAUGGACUGGAUAAAGAAUGUCUCACGUGGGAAGACAUUAGUAAACGGAUAGGAUUGUCAAGAGAAAGAGUAAGGCAAGUUGGACUUGUUGCAUUGGAGAAACUAAAACAUGCCGCGAGGAAGAGAGAGAUGGAGGCCAUGCUAUUGAAACAUUAAUAUGGACUCAUCAUAGAGACAUGUAUAUAUACAGAAAGGAAGUAUGUACCUAGAAAUCUAUCUUCCUGAUUCAAAAUAGACGAAAGAGGACUAUAUGAGGGAACUUUUGAGGAUUUGUAAACCCCAUAAAUGUAUUGUCUGUUGGAAUAAUUCUGUUUUAUCAAUAUGUUGAGGGAUAAAAUCUAUGGAUCUCAAAUUUUUAUUCCAAGAUGAUGAGGCUACUGUUUACUAGGAAGACUUGUAUUAAGAGCAGUUUCAUGGGCUAGUUACAAUAUAUUU